AUGACCAUCCAAGAUACGACCGGCAAACACUCUGCUCUUUUCCAACCCCUGACUAUCUCCAAUGGCAACAUUACUCUCAACCAUCGUGUGAUUCAUGCGCCCUUGACCCGCAACCGCGGGGAGCCAUUGAAUCCCAUCAGCACCCCGGAUCACCCCAAUCGUAUUUGGAUCCCAGGAGAUGCGGUUGUGGAGUAUUACUCGCAGCGUGCGACCAAGGGUGGCUUGAUCAUUUCAGAGGGAAUCCCCCCAUCGCUCGAGAGCAAUGGAAUGCCCGGAGUACCCGGUCUAUUCACCCCCGAACAAGCCGCCGGCUGGAAACGCGUCGUCGAUGCUGUCCACGCAAAGGGAGGUAUCAUCUUCUGCCAGCUGUGGCACGCAGGCCGUGCCACAAUCCCCCAGAUGACCGGAAUGCCCGCUGUCUCUUCCUCCGCUAGCGCGUGGGACUCCCCGACAGAAUGCUACUCCCACCCGCCUGUCGGUGCCACCGAGCCCGUGCCCUAUGCGAACCACCCACCUAUUGAAUUGACUGUGGAACACAUCAAGCAGACUAUCGAUGAUUAUUGCAAGGCCGCCAAGACGGCCAUGGAAAUUGGCUUCGACGGUGUCGAAGUCCAUGGUGGAAAUGGGUAUCUGCCGGAGCAAUUCUUAAGCUCUAACAUUAACAAGCGUCAGGAUGCUUACGGCGGGACUCCAGAGAAGCGCUGCCAGUUUGUGUUUGAGCUGAUGAAUGAGCUGGCUCAGACGAUUGGCCAGCAGAACCUGGCUAUUAGAUUGUCACCGUUUGGUCUGUUUAACCAAGCGCGUGGGGAACAGCGCUUGGAGACCUGGACUCAUCUGUGUGAGGGUCUGAAGAAGGAUCUUCCAUCGCUGUCAUAUGUCAGCUUUAUCGAGCCGCGCUUUGAACAAAUCUUCGGGCCCGAGGAGAAAGACAAGUUCCUCAAAAGCUGGGGUUUGAUGGACGUGACCCUGGAUCGCUUCCGCAAUAUCUUUGGUUCCACUCCUUUCUUCUCCGCUGGCGGCUGGGACGACAAGAACUCCUGGGGAGUGGUGGAAUCUGGUAAAUACGACGGUCUUCUCUACGGCCGUUACUUUACCAGCAAUCCGGAUCUGGUACACAGACUGAAGGAGAAGAUCCCAAUGGCGCCUUACGACCGUACUCGGUUCUACGGGCCGUUUGAGGACAACCACUUCCAUUACACUGAUUACCCUACUGCGGAUCAGCAGUAG